AUGGCUUCCGAGGCUCCCCCCGUAACAACACCAGUGGCUCUGGAACCCAACCUUGGCAACAAGAUGGUGACCAUUUAUGUUGGUCCGAAACGCAAAGAGUUCACAAUCCACAAGGAGCUCAUUUGCGGAUCCGCCGACUAUUUCGAAAAAGCCUUUAAUGGAAAGUUUAAAGAAGGCCGUGAGGGAAUCAUGUAUUUGCCCGAGGACAAUCCUGGAGCUUUCUCGUUCUUCGUCGAUUGGCUUUACCGAUCCUCACUUCCCGCUGGACACCCUCAGUCGUACUUGGUUAAUCUGUAUCAUCUGUGGAUCUUUGCGACCAAGAUCUUCCUUACAAAACUCGCUGAUGAUGUUAUGGACCGAAUCCAAGACACUUGCAAGAAAUACAAUCAGUUUAUCAGCGAUGAACUUCUCAAAGAGAUUUGGGGACUUACGGAGACCGAUUCUAUGCUCCGGACGUGGGCCUUCGAUUUGAAGAUGUACCAGAUGUUCGAGAAUAAGAAGCGUUCGGAAGAUGGAGGCGAUACCUUCUAUUUCAGCGAGGACAAUCGGUGCAAAGAUUUUUCUCUCCGGCUUUGA